AUGUUUCGCUCCUCGUCCACUGUCGGUGGGCCACCAAGCACAUACUUUCAGCGCUCCUCGCUCCCAGCGAACACGGUCGUCAAGUUCGUGCCACAACAGACUGCUUGGAUAGUGGAGCGGAUGGGUCGUUUCAGUCGGAUACUGCAGCCUGGUCUGGCGAUUCUUGUGCCGAUUAUCGAUCGCAUAGCCUAUGUCAAGAGCUUGAAGGAGAAUGCUAUGGAGAUACCCUCGCAGAGUGCGAUUACUGCAGACAAUGUGACAUUGGAGCUUGAUGGAGUGCUCUACACGAGAGUGUUCGAUCCCUUCAAGGCGAGCUACGGAGUGGAGGAUGCGGACUACGCUAUUUCACAGCUUGCUCAGACGACCAUGAGAAGCGAGAUUGGACAGUUGACGUUGGACCAUGUUCUCAAGGAAAGAGCUGCUCUCAACACCAACAUCACCCAAGCCAUCAACGAAGCAGCAGCCGAUUGGGGUGUGAGAUGUCUGCGGUACGAGAUUCGGGAUAUCCACGCACCUGGACCAGUGGUGGAGGCCAUGCAUAGACAGGUCACGGCAGAGCGAAGCAAGCGUGCGGAGAUUCUGGAAUCUGAGGGUCAGAGACAAUCUGCCAUCAACAUCGCCGAGGGUCGCAAGCAGUCUGUCAUCCUGGCAUCUGAGGCCAUUAAGUCUGAGCAGAUCAACGCAGCUUCUGGUGAGGCCGAAGCGAUCCUCCUCAAAGCCAAAGCCACCGCCGCAGGUAUCGAUGCUGUCGCGAAGAGCCUGUCAGAAGGCAAGCAAUCCGCUCAAGGCGCCGUCUCGCUCUCUGUCGCCGAGAAGUACGUCGAUGCGUUCGGCAAGCUCGCGAAGGAGGGCACAUCCGUGGUCGUUCCAGGCAACGUUGGCGACAUUGGCCAAAUGAUCGCCACCGCCAUGUCCGUCUACGGCAACGUGAGUCAAUCGCAAGCCAAAGCGCAAGCACAGAAGCUGCUCUCAGAUGAGAAGGACACCUCAGAAGGAGAAUCAGACGAGACUGGCGAGAAGAAACAACUGAGCAAAGCCGAGAUCCAACAGAGCGUACUGGACAGCUUCGACCGAACGCAGCAGAGGCAUUGA